CGCCUUCCGUGGUAAGAAGACGAGCUGCGGGAGGGGGAGGAAAAAGAGCAGAAAUUUAUGCAAAUCUUUAUUUCUGUCGGCGGAGAACCUCUGGAGAGCUUCAAGGUGUGGAAGAGAAGAUUAAAAGAGGGGCAGAGCAACCUCCGUCUCCACAUUUCCAGCGUUGCAACAUUUUUUUUUUUUUUUUUCCUGAAGCAGACUUUUACAGAGCAGCUGUCCUGACUGGCCCCUCUCCUCCGUGCAUGGGAGGGUCAAGUGCUUACCUAAGCAAACUCGCCCGGAGGAGAAUUUGGAGCCUUGUCAGUGGGUGGCCACAGUUUAUUUGCAUUGAUGAUUUCUCAAGUGAUUCCUGAGCUUACGACCUGCAGAACAGAGACACAGAGAGAGACAGAGGACCCGCCUGCUGAUGUGAAUUCCUGGGAUGCUCUGCCGACCCGUACCCCUUGCUUUCCUCAGGCCUCCAGAAGCUGAAGACAGGCUGUCAGAGACAGAGCCAGCAGCCCCACUGAGCUGCCACCAUGGCCCUGGUUCAGGCUCUUCCCAUCUCUGCUGAGCACCACAACCCAGGCCACAGUGGAGGAGCUCGUGUGCGACACCCCUCUGGUCCUGCCUCUCCCACCUCCACCGCCGCGCCAUCCUCCUCUCUAGAUGCCAUGGGCUCCGUCAGCAGUCUCAUCGCCACCCGCCCCGGCGCCUACCAGGACCACCGCUCUGGUGUUGAGCUGGGAAGCAGGAGCCGACGGCCCACACCCGGCGCCACCUGCCUGGGCUCUAAUUCCCCCCAGGACCCCCUGCUGCAGAGCCAUACUCCAUCGUCCAAGAGGCACGCCACCACAGCCUCCAGCAGGGGGAUGGAGAAGGAGAGUGGGAAUGGAAACUACACUUAUCUCAAUGAGGACUAUGUAGGUGACUGGAAUGACAACCAUGUAACACCCACCAGCCCAGGAAGUGAUGCAGACGAGACUAAAGAAGCACUGGGGUUGAAUGGGAACAUGGGGGGACCCCCUCCCAAACUGGUCCCAGUGUCAGGGAAACUUGAGAAGAACAUGGAGAAAACAGUGCUGCGGCCCACUGCCUUCAAACCUGUCAUUCCCAAGAGCCGUAACUCCAUGCAGUACCUGUCCCCUCGCCAUGGUGCCAGCCUAUCAGAAAGCCAGAACAACCUGAACCUGCUCAGCCCCACCCAUAGAGAGGCAUCGCCCUCUUGUUCCGAGAAACGCAGCUCCUACAGUGGGGGCCGUAACGGCGGCAGCACCCAGUCCUGCUCCAUGUCUGACUCUGGCCGAAACUCUCUGUCCAGCCUGCCGCUUUACAGUGGUGCCGGCUACAGCCUGGCAUCGGGAGAGGCUGCCGGCGGCCACCUGGAGCCCAUGAAGAGCGCUCCACCGGUCAAUGGGCACGGACACUCCAACUCAGACAGCGGGCGUUCGUCCUCCAGUAAGAGUACGGGCUCUGGGUCACUAGGUGGGCGAGGCCAGCCCUUGUCAGACAGUGGGUCCAAUGGGCGCUCCCCGGCCCCUGUGGAGGGCUAUGAGGGUGUGGUGAGGGACUUGGAGGAGAAGCUGAGGGAGAGGGAGUUGGAGCUGCAGCAACUCAGAGACAACCUCGAUGAGAAUGAAGCUGCCAUUUGUCAGGUUUAUGAGGAGAAGCAGAAGCGCUGUGAGCUGGAACUGGAGGAGCUGAGGCAGAGCUGUGCCACCAGGAUGCAGGCAGCCUCACAGAAGGCCCAGCGUGCCCAGCAGGUGCUGCAGUUGCAGGUUUAUCAGCUCCAGCAGGAGAAGAAGAAGCUGCAGGAGGACUUUGCUCAGCUCCUGCAGGAGAGGGAGCACCUGGAAGAGCGCUGCACCUCCUAUGAACACGAGAAGAUCCAGCUCGGGCCUCGGCUGGAGGAGACCAAGUGGGAGGUGUGUCAGAAGUCAGGGGAAAUCUCCUUGCUGAAGCAGCAGCUGAAGGAGGUGCAGGGGGAACUGUCCCAGCGUGUGGGAGAGAUCAUUUCCCUGCGAGGCCAGCUCAGAGAGUCUCGCGGCGAGCUGACCAACACCCAGGCCCUGCUGCAGGAGGCCCACGCCAUGAGCCGCACACGCACCCUCGAGCUGGAGGUGUGCGAGAACGAACUUCAGCGGCGCAAGAGCGAAGCGGAGCUCCUCCGGGAGAAAGUGGGACGUCUCGAGGAAGAGCUGGCCCAUCUCAGAGAGACUUUGACCAAUCAGAGCGCAGGAAACCGACAGUGUCAGGUGUUCCAGGAAGCGGAGGAGCACCUGCUUUCCUACGAGAGCGACGAGGCCAAGGCCCAGCGGCAGGGCGGCAGCGAGGCCGUGCAGAACAUGAGGACGCAGAUGGACAGGAUGAGGACGGAGCUGGCCUUCGAGCGGCAGCGGGCCGAGGAGCAGACAGGCAGCUUUGAGACAGAGCGCAGGGUGUGGCACGAGGAGAAGGACAAGGUCAUCCGCUACCAGAAGCAGCUGCAGCAGAACUAUGUGCAGAUGUACCGCAGGAACCGCGAGCUGGAGCGGCUCCUGCGGGAGCUCAGUCAGGAACUGGAGAGCAGGGAGGAGGACGAGGGCAGCGGCAACGAGAUCAACUUUGAUGAGAUCGCCGCCACUGAAAUUUGACCCCUCUGUCUCUCCAUCUCUGGAUUUGCACUACUGUCAGCUAAAAUCAGAUUUUUUUCAUCUGUGUGGCACAGAUCUGAUCUCUUAACUGCUGUCUAAAUGGAAAAGCAGAGUCUGUUUUUUUUUUUUUGUCAAGAUGGCAAAUGAUCAGAUUGGAAUCACAAAUGUGGAGCAAAAUAAGCAGAUGUGCAGUGUAAAUUCAGCCAUGCUUCGGUCCUGGCUCAUUGGUCUCGUCCCCAAGGAGCUCCAUGUGGAAGCCAGUGACCUCUAUUAGACAUUAGCAGGUCAUCUCAGCUCUCUAGCCCUCCAUUAACGUGUCUGGUAGCGUUUGCUCCCUCAAGCACUAACUAGGGAUUAGCUUCCUGGCCCUUUUCCCAAUCUUAGGCAUCAGUGGGAGAAUUGUCAUUUAUCGGCAACUUCAGCCAGCUCCUCGGUGUCCUGCAGUGUUGGUAAUGGCUUCACCUUCCCCGCUGGGUUUAGCACUGUACGCCCACUCUGUCUCAACAAUCAGCCGUCAUUAUAACAGCUGAUUCAAACCGAGCCUGAAGUGUUGUCAAUUUACAGUAGAUGUGGAACAUCACACAUACGCCGUGGUAAGAGCGACUGAGUCAGAGCAGAGUGGUAAUGAGGGCUGGUUUGGUGAUGUGGAGAGAAUUGUUUGUGCUGUUUAUCAGAAUUACUCAAGCUGUUGUGUAAAUUACUGUUACCAGCAAGUAAACAUAUUUCCUGAGGAGUUGUACUUCCCCUUUCAACACAGGUGGUCCUGUAGCCUUGACAGUAGUAGCCUGACAAAACUGAGACGUUGUGAGGCAGAUCAUUAUCAAGACUUAUAGAUCCAAUGGCAAAGAACGAAGGAGUUACACUGGCAACAAAAGAGAAAAGCCCAAAGUCUCAACCAUUUAUAGUGCAGAUGUGUUGUUUUUUUUUCAUCACUGUACAAACAGAUGUUUUUUGGAAUGAGAUUUGUAUGCAUCCAAAGUCCACGAAUCUAAAUCUGAAUCUGACAUUUGGUUCUAGAAAGAAAGGCCAAAGUUUAGUCAGCAGUACCUCAUUAAAAUUUUCUCUGCUGUCAUCCUGGACACACAUCCUUUCCUGUUGAAGUGACAGUCCUUUCAUUUCAUUUUAUGAGCACUUUUAAGGCACCGACAACAAAACUGAAAACAAGUCAACAUUAUUAAUAUGAGCACCAAGGUGGGCGUUUUUUCCUGAAUGUGUCGCCAGCUGACAUCCAGAGCGAUGUAGUCCUUUUAGCAUGCAUUUCUGCACACACACAUGAUUCAUGCCAUGUAUAAAAUGGUGUGCGUGAACAGCCUAGUCAAACUAUAUGAUCAGAAGAUUGGAUUGUAGCCUUUAGUGUAAACUCAGUCAUCGAAAUAGGCUGAUAUAACCAGAAGUCUUAUACCUUGUGAUCAAAGUGGUUGCAUUCAGUAUCUUUUGUUGUCCAGCUAAAAAUAUAAAAACAACUGUACAUACAAUAAAAUUAAAAUUAUCACUACAUCAAAGCACAGCCAUACAAGUAGUGGCUAUUGUCUCUGAUAAUUAUAAGGAGAAUACUUUCCUUCUACUCUCACGACAGCAUGGAUUGCUCUGUAUUGGUUUUCCGUUACUAAAAUCUGUAUUCCACGUUAUAGAUUUUCAUUCUCUAACCCUGCAGGAGGGAGUGAGAUCAUGCACUGAAUGAUGGGUGUUUGGGUAUUUUUGUAAAGUCAAAUUACUUAUACCGUGACAUUACCAUUGUUUCCACAAACCUUUAUAGUAUAGGAGCCGUUUUUAAGUGUAUUUACUUCCUUGUACAGUAUAAAGGCUCACCUAUUUCCCAAAAGAAGACACUUUACGUUCCUCUGUUGCUGGUGAUUAAAUAACGUUAAUUAUUCACUGUAGAUAGCCCCGAUAUACUGAAAAAUUAUACAUGGUGAAGUGUAACAGAUUUCUUCCAGAGACGUUAUCUAUCUCAAAAAAAAAAAAAAAAAAAAAAAAAUGCAUAGCCACUGUGAAUAGACCAAAGCAAUGUCACACAUUCUAUUUUGCUCCUACAGUACAA